CCCUUACCCUUUGUCAGCAUCUAUAUAUAGCCCCUGCCUUUACUCACACACUUGUACUAGUAGUAGUACUACUCCAGCUAGCUGCACAUACACCAGACCAGAGAAGCCUGCUAUAUAAAAUGCACAAGCUUAGCAGAUUGUAACUUAAUUAGCUAGCGACACGACGGAGAAGUAUCUGUUGAUUACUAGCUCCUUCUGUAGGUGUUCAUAUGCAUGGCAGUUGCAGAGUUAGACAAGUAUUAGCAAACUGAACCAGAACCAGCUUCGGAUUGAUCGCCUGGCCGGUGGACAAUCUCUAUAGGAUCUAGGUCCGUCCCACCAAUCGAUCGAGCCUCAGGCGUACGGCGCGGCACACAAUGGGGAAGCUGGUGAGCAAGAGCUGGAAGGAGUCGAAGCUGCUGUGGCACAUCGCCUUCCCGGCCAUCCUCACCGCCGUCUUCCAGUUCUCCAUCGGCUUCGUCACCGUUGGCUUCGUCGGGCACAUGGGCGCCGUCGAGCUCGCCGCCGUUGCCAUCGCCCAGAACGUCAUCGAGGGGUUCGCCUACGGGAUCCUGCUCGGCAUGGGCAGCGCGCUGGAGACGCUGUGCGGUCAGGCGGUGGGCGCGGGGCAGGUGGACAUGCUGGGCGUUUACAUCCAGCGCUCCUGGAUCAUCUGCGGCGCCACCGCGCUCGUCCUCACCCCGACCUACCUCUUCACGGCGCCCAUCCUGCGCGCGCUCCGCCAGCCCGGGGACAUCGCCGACGUCGCCGGCACAUACUGCCGGUGGGUGGUCCCACAGCUCUUUGCCUACGCCGCCAACUUCCCGCUCCAGAAGUUCUUCCAGGCGCAGAGCCGGGUCUGGGUCGUCACGUUCAUCUCCGGCGCGGGGCUCGCCGUCCACGUCGUGCUCAACUACGUCUUCGUCACGCGCCUGGGGCACGGCCUCCUCGGUGCUGCCAUCGUCGGGAACGUGUCCUGGUGGCUCAUCAUCCUCGCGCAGGUCGGGUACCUGGUCUCCGGCUGCUUCCCGGAGGCGUGGCGCGGGUUAUCCAUGCUCGCGUUCAAGAACCUCGCCGCCUUUGUCAAGCUGUCGCUCGCGUCCGCUGUCAUGCUUUGCUUGGAGCUCUGGUAUUACACUGCAGUGCUCAUCCUUGUGGGUCUCCUAAAGAACCCACAACUUCAGGUUGACGUCAUGUCCAUUUGCAUCAAUUACCAGCUCUGGACCCUGAUGGUUGCAUUGGGCUUCAACGCAGCAGUGAGCGUGAGGGUGUCGAACGAGCUGGGCGCGAACCGGCCCAAGGCGGCCAAGUUCUCGGUGAUCAUGGCGGUGUCGACGUCGGGCUUCAUCGGCGCCAUCUUCAUGGCCGUGUUCCUCAUCUGGCGGACCGAGCUGCCGCGGUUCUUCAGCGAGGACUACGAGGUGCUGAGUGAGGCUGCCAAGCUCGGAUACCUCCUCGCAGGCUCCAUCUUCCUCAACAGCAUCCAGCCUGUGCUCUCAGGAGUGGCGAUCGGAGCAGGGUGGCAGUCGCUUGUGGCAUUCAUAAAUAUAGGGUGCUACUACUUCGUUGGCAUCCCACUGGGGGUCCUCUUCGGCUUCAAGCUAAAGCUGGAUGCAAUGGGGAUUUGGGUGGGCAUGUCACUCGGAACUCUGCUUCAGACCGCUAUACUUCUCUUCAUUUCCUACAGAACCAAGUGGGAAAAACAGGUUAUGCUGGCUGAAGAGAGGAUCAGGGAGUGGGGAGGAAGGAACGACGCCCUGCCGUCGGCAGUGCAGGUUGCGCGGGCGAUCGACGAUGUAGAUCGGUGACCAAACUGUUCCUGCAAACUUGCAGCUGUUAUUUAUAUAUAGACGCAAGGCAGAUCAGAGUAGAUUGAUAGGAUUAAUCCGAACAGAUUGAUCGAAUCGAGCCCAAAUUUUAUAGUGUUGGAUCCUCCCUGUAUGCUUUUUUUUUUUGUCUAUUGUGACAGUUCUUGUCCCUCUUUGGUCGGAAUAUCAUCUCGCCGUUAUACUUAGCGCGUGUACAAUGAGUUGCUAUUAGCUGUUUAUAAGAGAUGUCACAUUGUCACA